ACAUUUAUUUGUGAAAUUGUCGUUCAACAAUAAGAGUUGCCCACGCAAGAAAGAAAACUAAAAUCAAAAAAUGUUUCAAUUGGACAGCAAAAACGGCAUUAUCCUCACAGGAGUGCUGUCGGUGGCCUUUGCAAUUGUCUACUUGGUUCUAGCGGAUGACUAUUUCUGGCGAUAUGGAUCGUACGAGCUGGGUCUACAUGCAUCGGCUCUGCAAAUAAUGGGAAGCAUAUGCCUAGUAAUUGGUGCCAUAAAUGAAAAGUAUAAGCUUUUCGUACCAUGGAUGAUAACCUGUGGAUUCUUCUUGUACCUCAUGGUGUACCUGGGUGUUGUGUUGAUAAUCAAUUAUGUUGAUGAUCAGUGGCUCUUUGUUCCGGCCAUGGUGGUGCCAUUUACAGCCUAUCUAAGUUAUGCACUGCUCUCGGUUAAAAGGGCGUUCGAAAGAAUGAGGAAGGAUAGUCCGCCAUCGUACAAAAAUCUUGAUGGAAAGAAGGAUUUUCUUAGCCCCAUAUAAUGCCUAUAUACAGAAGAAUAUGUUUUUAUAUGUAUAUAUGUAUAUGUAUCUUUACCCAUAGAUCAGUCCCAAUCAUUGUAAUAUUCCACGAAGAUAAGAUACCACAAAUAAACACAAAUGGCUGCUGUUA